UGACGCGGAACCGGGGCUUGAAGAGCACAUGCGUGGACUGUUUCUUCCCUUUUGUCUCGUGUCUUUGCUGUCGGCGCCAUGGGUCAUCAGCAGCUCUACUGGAGUCACCCUCGCAAAUUCGGCCAGGGUUCCCGAUCGUGCCGCGUCUGUUCGAACCGGCAUGGCCUAAUCCGCAAAUACGGCCUCAACAUGUGCCGCCAGUGUUUCCGGCAGUACGCGAAAGACAUCGGCUUCAUCAAGUUGGACUAAAUGUUUAUGGAAACUUCAACAACUUGCUUGCUUCAACAACUGCCAUUUUACUGGACUUUGGAUUUGAUCUACCCCUUUAAAAGAUGGAUCCUGUUGUACAUACUAUGCUAAUUUGCAUAUAUCAUUAAAAAGGUCAUCCUCAAUUA